CAAUCCAUAUUAAAUGAUACGGAGUACAGAAUAAUAAAGGGGGUGAGAAAAUAAAAAAGAAAACUUUAGAGAUGAAAUAUUUCUCGGGAAUAAUGCUAUAUAAUUAUAUGGUAAUAUUGGCAACAUUUAUACAAAUAUAUUAUUGUGAAGGCAUAGAGUUUCCAGAAAAAGGAAAGGUGCCUGCAUUUAUAGUAUUUGGUGAUUCAAUUGUGGAUCCUGGAAAUAAUAAUUACAUUGCUACGGUUGGAAAGGCUGAUUUCCCACCUUAUGGGAGAGACUUCCCUGGUCGUGUGCCUACGGGAAGAUACAGCAAUGGCAAAAUCCCCUCUGAUUUCUUUGCCGAAGAACUUGGGAUAAAAGAGUUUGUGCCUCCUUAUUUGGAUCCAAAACUCAAUAUCAAUGAACUUCUUACUGGUGUUAGUUUCGCGUCUGGUGCUGCUGGUUAUGAUCCUGAUUCAGCAAAAUUAGCGAAUGUAUUGACAUUAGAGGAUCAGUUGAAGUAUUUCAAAGGGUAUAUAAAAAAGCUAAAGGCUGCGGUAGGAGAAAACAGAACAUCGGCAAUCAUUUCCGAAAGCGUCUACUUAGUUUGUGCUGGAAGCAAUGACAUUACCAACACUUAUUUCUCUUUACCAUUUGCAAGACUUAAGUACAAUGUUCCCGCAUAUACUAGUAAGAUGGUCAAUUGGUCUUCCACUUUCGUGCAGGAAUUAUACGGUUUGGGGGCAAGAAGGAUAGGCGUGGUUAGUGCACCACCCUGCGGUUGUCUUCCAUCACAAAGAACAUUGCACGGCGGUCUAAGAAAAUCCUGUGCCGAUAAAGAAAAUCAAGCUUCCAUUUUAUUCAACGGCAAGCUCUCUACUGAACUAAGUAACCUCAAUCAAAAACUACCACAAUCUAGAUUCGUGUAUCUCGAUAUCUACAACCCAUUACUCAAUCUCAUCAACAACCCUUCUCAAUCAGGAUUUGAGGUUGCAAACAAAGGAUGUUGCGGAACGGGAAACUUAGCGGUGUCUUUCCUUUGUUCGAAGUUGAAUCCUUUAGGGGCUUGUAAAGAUGCCUCAAAAUACAUAUUCUGGGAUAGUUUUCACCCAACAGAAGCCGCUUAUAAAAUCAUUGUCCAUCAUGUCCUCCAACAAAGCGUUGCCAAUUUCUUUUAGAUAAUUUAUUCAUUCAUUAAUAUAGUUACUCAAAGAUGAUAACUAUUUAUUGUCCAAAAUGAUAAAGGUCGCAACAUGCGACCUUUAAGCCGUGUCACAAUGAUGACAUGGCAUGCUUAUGUGUCAUGAUUUAAAUUGGAAACUAAAAUAUAUUAUACAUGUUUCAAAAAAGGUAGAAAACUCUUAAUUUUCUAAUUUGUUUCCUUAU